UGAGACCUGUGCUGACUGUCAGCGGCUCUAACCCACCUGAUUUGCCUCCUCCCAGCCCUGUCAUGUUUCUUUCAGAGGCAUGCUGGGUAGGAAUGGGUCAUCAGCAACUGAUUUCAUCCUUGUGGGGCUCUUUCCUGGGUUUCAGCACGCCAUUCUCCUCAACUCCAUGAUCAUCUUCAUCUACAUCCUUGUUUUCCUGGGAAACGUACUUCUGAUUGUCUUGAUUUGCGGAGACUCUCGGCUCCACACGCCCAUGUACAUUCUCCUCAGUCAACUCUCUCUCAUUGACUUGACAUUAACGUCUACCAUCGUCCCCAAGAUGGCCUCUAACUUCUUCACUGGGAGAAAGACCAUAUCAUGGGUUGGCUGUGGAACCCAGAGUUUCUUCUUCCUGAUGUUGGGAAUGUCAGAAUGUCUCAUCUUAACUCUCAUGGCUUAUGACCGCUACGUGGCUGUCUGCAGCCCACUGCGUUAUCCCACCAUCGUGAGCCCCAGGGUCUGUCUGCACAUGGUUGCUGCAUGUUGGAUUGGAGGCUCUGUAGGUUCGUUUAUCCAUACGGUCUACCCCAUGCAUUUUCCCAUCUGUGGGUCAAGGGAGAUCCACCACUUCUUCUGUGAGGUCCCGGUCCUCAUUAGGCUUUCCUGUGAAGACACCUCGGCGUAUCAGUUAGUGGUGGUGGUUACAAGCAUUGUCCUGCUUGUCGUGCCUUUCAGCCUCAUCACAGCCUCCUACACGCUCAUCUUCCUCGCUGUCCUCCGUAUGAACUCUGUGAAGGGCAGGAAAAAAGCCCUGGCCACCUGUUCUUCCCACCUGACUGCGGUGAGUCUCUCCUUUGGCCCCAACAUAUUCAUCUACAUGACUUUCACUUCCUCCCAUAGUCCAGAGCAGGACCAGGCUCUCUGGGUUUUCAGCAACAUCCUCACCCCCUUGCUGAACCCCCUCAUCUACAGCCUGAGGAACAAGGAGGUGGUGGCCGCUCUUAUGAAGCUGAUGGGGAGAUGUGGGGCGUCUUAGUAGACGAGCAGUACUUCCCAGCUGUGAAAAGGACAUGCUUGUGACCACGGGCAAAGCUACGGGUCAAAAUUUAAAUGCCAGAAUGGUGUUGUGUAUUUUCAGAAAGCCCAGAAGAUUGCGGGUCUAUGUAAAUAUGUGAUUUUCUAAGCAUCCAGUGGAGAUUCCUUUACUUUUCAUUGGGGCAUG